CACCCAUCAAUCAGAGAAAACUACUUGUGAGAAAAACAAAUUCAAUAAAACUGGAAGAGAAACAGAGAAAGGCGACAACUUUUUUGUUUCAGAUUUUGACAAAUGUUUUCUGGGCGAUCCAAGCUUGUCCAAAAGGUUGAGACUUUUAGAAGAUAUAUAUAAAACGGGAGGUGUAUAGGUUAGUGAAAUUGAAUGGCGCAACAAGGGCAGGGAAGCAUGGAACCUGAAGCUCUCGACGACAUCAUUCGACGUUUGCUUGAUUACAAAAACCCUAAGCCAGGGACGAAGCAGGCUAUGAUGCUCAACGAGUCUGAGAUCCGAUUGCUUUGCGUCGUCUCCAAAGAGAUAUUCCUUCAACAGCCCACUCUCCUUGAGCUUGAUGCCCCCGUCAAGAUCUGCGGUGAUAUUCACGGUCAAUACUCCGAUUUAUUGAGGCUUUUCGAGUAUGGAGGUUUCCCUCCUGCAGCAAACUACUUAUUCUUAGGAGACUAUGUCGACCGAGGGAAGCAGAGCUUGGAGACUAUCUGUCUUCUGCUUGCCUACAAGAUCAAAUACCCUGAGAACUUUUUCCUCUUAAGGGGAAACCACGAGUGUGCAUCUAUCAACAGAAUCUACGGAUUCUACGACGAAUGUAAACGAAGAUUCAGCGUGAAGCUCUGGAAAGUGUUCACAGACUCUUUUAACUGUCUCCCUGUGGCUGCUGUCAUAGACGAGAAGAUACUUUGUAUGCACGGUGGACUUUCACCAGAUUUGACCAGUGUUGAACAGAUCAAGAACAUAGAGCGUCCAACUGAUGUUCCAGACUCUGGUUUGCUCUGUGACCUUCUUUGGUCUGAUCCUAGUAAAGACGUCAAGGGCUGGGGGAUGAAUGAUCGUGGAGUCUCCUACACUUUUGGACCUGACAAAGUUGCUGAGUUUCUGAUUAAAAACGACAUGGAUUUAGUCUGUCGUGCCCACCAGGUUGUAGAGGAUGGGUAUGAGUUCUUUGCCGAUAGACAGCUUGUGACUAUAUUCUCAGCUCCAAACUACUGUGGUGAAUUUGACAAUGCUGGUGCAAUGAUGAGUGUCGAUGAAAGUUUGAUGUGCUCUUUCCAAAUUCUUAAGCCUGCGGAUCGGAGGCCACGGUUCUUGUGAAGAGCAGGUAUUUUUUUUUGAGUACUUCUCUUAAUUGUUUCAGAGUCUCAGAUCUGUUAUAUUAGUUUAUCUGCACCAGUGCUGUUACAGCUCAAACAGAUUCUCUCAUAUUAACAAAGAAAAGUAGAAUGAUAUAUUAUUGUGUACCAUAUGAAAUGUAAAUGUGGUCUUAAUAUUUUAUCUCAAUCUAUAUAUUGAUG